CCCAUUCAAGAUGGACGAAGAGGAGCGGAUAAGCGGUGCCUCCAUCUUAGCAAGGGCUUUAAAAACACAAGGAGUGGACUUCAUGUUUGGUGUUGUAGGCAUUCCUGUGAUAGAAAUUGCCAUGGCUGCUCAAGCAGAAGGGAUAAAAUAUAUAGGAAUGCGAAACGAACAAUCGGCUUGUUAUGCAGCUUCAGCCAUAGGAUAUCUUACUGGGAGACCUGGUGUUUGUCUCGUGGUAUCAGGGCCAGGAUUAAUUCAUGCCCUUGGUGGAAUGGCAAAUGCCAUGGAAAACUGCUGGGCUUUGCUGAAUGCCGAUGUGAUAUUUUUACUUGGAGCAAGGCUGAACUGGAUUUUGCAUUUUGGAAGACCACCAAGAUUUCAAGAAGACGUGAAAAUGAUUCAGGUUGACAUUUGCGCUGAGGAAUUAGGAAAUAAUGUACACCCAAAAGUAGUGUUGCUUGGAGACCUGAGCUUAGUAGUAGACCAGCUGAACAGUGAAAUUUCCAAACGUUACCAUGGAAAUGCUAUGAAACAUUUAGGAGGGUCACGUGAGUGGUUACGCGAAUUAAAAGUAAAAGUCCAAAAGAACGUUCUCCUCAGUCAGCAACUAGCAAGUGCAGAUACCUUCCCAAUGACGUAUUAUCAAGCUUACGGACAGAUCAGAGAGUUUUUACCGCGUGAUUGCAUCAUCGUGAAUGAAGGUGCAAAUACUAUGGACAUUGGGAGAACUAUGAUGCCCAACGUUUUACCGAGGCAAAGACUAGAUGCUGGUACAUUUGGAACUAUGGGUCUCGGGACAGGCUUUGCUAUUGCUGCGGCAAUGAUUGCAGAAAACGAGGCUCSCGAUGACCAKCCUGCUCGAAGAGUAGUGUGUAUCCAAGGUGAUAGCGCCUUUGGGUUUUCAGGGAUGGAAGUGGAAACCGCUGCAAGAUACAAUUUGCCAAUUGUAUUCAUGAUUAUAAACAACAAUGGCAUUUAUAGUGGACUUGACAAAAAGUCUUGGGAAUAUGUAGAUGAACCUGCAACCGAAUCUCCUCCAACUGCGCUUCUUCCAAAUGCAAGAUACGAAAAAAUUAUCGAAGCUUUCGACUGUAAAGGCUACUUUGCAGAAACCAAAAACCAGUUACGAGAUGCACUAACUAAUGCCUUUGAAGAGACUAAACACAAGAAAAAACCGGUUUUAAUAAAUAUCAUGGUGAAUACAUCCGCUGGUCGAAAACCGCAGGAUUUCUUCUGGCUUACACGUUCGAAAAUAUAAUUUCUUUUCAUUUAAGCUAAAAUUUUAAUCAAACAUGUGAAUGCCGUUUUAGUCGUGGUAUUAAACAGAUAAUCAACAACAAAUUUUUUAACAAAAUCAUGAAAUCUAGUGAAAAAAGCUAUAUUUGUUUAAUAAAACAUGAUUAAAAGCUAAAAUGUCAAA